AUGAAGCUGGUUAUCAACUCGAUUCCUGUGGAGAAACAGAACCCCAACCAGGAUCAGAACCAGAAGAACCACAAGAACCAGAGAACCCACAGCUGCUCCAACUGGAGGGGUGGCAUGUCCCUGCCUUUCCCACAAAACCUAAUGGAGGUGCAGCUGCCGAUUGUUGGAAACAGAGAGUGUACCUGUACCUACGGAUUGAGUUUGAUCACAAACAACAAGAUGUGCGCCAAGUUAAAUGUUGGAGGGAAGGGCAUCUGUCAGGGGGAUGGAGGAGGUCCGCUGGUGAGCAAGCAGGGCGGUCGCUGGAUCCAGGGGGGAAUCACGAGUUUCCUCAGUAAUAGGGGCUGCGCAGUGCCUAAUAUCCCAUCAGGCUACACCCGAGUGUCCCAGUAUCAGUCCUGGAUCAACAGCCAGAUCACCAUCAACCAGCCGGGCUAUUACACCUUCAUGUCCGCUGGGACUGACGGUGACCUCAGCGUCACCUGUUCUCCACCAAGAACUGCCCGCUAA